AUGAUGGAUCACUGCACAAUCCUAGCUUCUUCAUCUACUACUAAGGCCGCAGCCGUAAUCCUCCCAGGGUCAACCAUCUUAGUGACCAGGGCUAAUGUGAGAGACAAGGAGAGGUGCCAGCACAUUCAGGACUUUUUCGACCAAAAGUACGGAACUGAGGGCCAGUUUGAGCUGUUUGAAGUCCCCAACCUGACCAAGCAGGGUGCCUUUGACGAUGCCGUCAAGGGAUGCGCCGGCUUUGUCCACUUGGCCGUAGACAACGGCUUCUCACCCGAUCCCACCGUUGUCGUGGACGGCUCCGUCGCGCUCACCCUCCGCGCUCUCGAGGCAGCGGCCUCCAAGCCCGGCCUGCGUCGCUUUGUCCUGACGUCGUCCUACAUCACAGCGUGCCAGUACUGCAUGAACGAGGUCUACGACGUCACGCAAGCCAGCUGGAACAACGCCUACGUUGAAAAGGCCUGGGCGCCGCCGCCCUAUAGCGGCAACCGCUCGCUCUACGUCUACAGCGCCGCCAAGGUGCAGUGCAAGCAGGCCAUGUGGCGCUUCGUCAAGGAGCAGGCGCCGUCCUUCGUCGCCAACGCUGUGCUGCCCGACUUUGUCACAGGCCCAUCCAUGCCGCAUAACAAGCCCAACGUCGGCCCCAUGUCCUUCGCCCUCAAGGCGCUGUGGGACGGCGGCAAGGCCUGGAAGUUCCUGGGCCCGCAGUGGAUGGUCGAUGCCGAGGACGCCAGCCUGCUGCACGUCGGCGCGCUGCUGCACCCAGGGUACCAAGGGGAGCGCAUCCCCAGCUGUGCGCAUCGCAAGAGCUAG